AUGACAACUGCAACACCUACACAAGAACAGACCCAAAUUCUCCUUCUCGGUGCCGGCGAACUCGGCCUCGCACUCCUUCCACAUCUCUCUUCCCUCCCCAACACACACGUCACAAUUGGUGUGCGUUCUCCCGAGAAAUACACCCAUCUAGCAACUCCCACCAUCUCGCUCACCACCGUCGACCUGACAAGCCCCUCUCCUAUCCUCAUCCCAGUGUUCUCCAGCUACGACAUCCUUAUCAGCGCAACAGGCUUCACAUCCUCGCCAGGUAGCGUAACGAAACUUGCCCACGAAGUAUUGGAAGCAGGGCAGUCUCGAAAACAGCAAGGAAAGGGAAGACUGUGGUAUUUCCCCUGGCAGUGGGGCGUGGAUUAUGACAUCACGGGGGAUGGAAACGGACUGAUGCCGCUGUUUGGCGAGCAGAAGCGUGUUCGUGAUUUGCUGAGGAAGGAAGCGCAGGGAAGCGGUGUUAAGUGGACGGUUGUCAGUACCGGCAUCUUCAUGAGUUUUCUCUUCGAGCCGUUCUGGGGUAUUGUCGACCGCAGCCAGGAGGGACACGGAGGGGAGGCGGAGAAGGUGGUGGUUCGAUGUCUGAGGGAUUGGUCGCACCGCGUCACGGUUACGGAUGUUGCAGAUAUUGGGAGGGUGGUGCAGAGAAUAUUGGCUGGUGAUGUCGAUGCUGAGAACAGGGUCUUGUUUGUUGGAGGUGCAACAAUCAGCUAUGGACAGUUGGCGGAGGUCGUGGGGAGAGUUGCUGGAUGCAAAGUCGUGAGGGAAGCUUGGAGUUUGGAAGGGUUGAAAGAGGAGUUGAGGAAGGACCCAGAAAAUGGGAUCAAGAAGUACAGACUAGUUUUUGCCGGGGAAGGGGUGUCGUGGGCGGGGCAAGCUACUGUGAACCAUGAGCUGGGUAUGGAAAUGAUGGACGCGGAAACAUGCGCAAAGGGAGUCUUUGGUGUACAACAAUAG